AUGCUGCCACCUUUGCCUCGCCGUAAAAUCAUCCUGUAUUUACCAUUUUUGCACGAAGAAUAUAGCAUGGCUAUCCACACUGAACUGCACAAAACAGCCAUCUCCUCAAGUUUGUAUUUCUCCACCCUUGUCAUCAACAUCAUCUUCUCCUGUCUAUCCUUGUGUCGUCGUCAUCAACAUUUUCUCCGUCCUUCAACUCAUCACCAUCUUCAACACACCAUCUCAUCCUUGCAGUCUCAUUACCUUUUAUGUUUAGCUGUUUUCCGCCCUUAAUUUUACUUUAUGUCCGCCGUCUAUUAUUUCCACGCAGUCAACCAUUUACAUCAAAUGAUGCAAGUCUCAGUUUUACUCCCCACACAGCACCACGGUCACCUAUUCCAUCAUCAUCGUCAACGCCACCGUCUUCGCCACAACCAUCAGCAACACCAGCAUCAACUCCACCUCCUCUUCCUCUCAAACGUUGUCUGCCCAUUUACCAGAACACAGACAGAACAACUUUAUACUCUGUAUCAGAUCUUUAACAUUAAAUUAUAUUUUAUCUAG